AUGUCUACUCUGAAAGCAAUUUGUGCUGGGCUCCCCCUCCGUCCUCUUCCAGAAAACAGAGGCCGAAAGAGUGGAAUCCCUCACGCUCCUGUGAGAAGCCCAAAUCUCAUUGCAAGUGAAGAAAAAUUGGCUUUAAAAAAUUCUCUGCGUUAUUUCCCACCUAACUUGCAUGGAAUCCUGGCACCAGAAUUUGCUAAAGAAUUGAGACUCUAUGGGCAUAUCUACAUGUACCGGUUCUGUCCCCAGAUUGAAAUGAGAGCUUAUCCCAUUCAGGAAUAUCCUUGCAAAACCAAACAAGCUGCUGCAAUAAUGCACAUGAUUAUGAAUAACCUUGAUCCUGCAGUAGCACAGUUUCCUCAGGAACUUGUAACAUAUGGAGGAAAUGGACAAGUGUUCAGCAACUGGGCACAGUUCUGGCUGGUGAUGCACUAUUUAUCUGAGAUGACUGAGGAACAGACAUUAGUUAUGUACAGUGGACAUCCCUUAGGACUCUUCCCAAGCCAUUGCAAUGCACCCCGAUUAGUUAUCACUAAUGGCAUGGUAAUCCCUAAUUAUUCCUCUAGAGAGGAAUAUGAAUCUAUGUUUGCAAAAGGAGUUACAAUGUAUGGACAGAUGACAGCUGGAAGCUAUUGCUACAUUGGACCACAAGGGAUAGUCCAUGGAACUGUGUUAACAGUGCUCAAUGCAGGCCGCCGAUACUUAGGGGUGGAGAAUCUGUCUGGCAAAGUCUUUGUAACAUCUGGCCUUGGAGGAAUGAGUGGUGCCCAAGCAAAAGCCGCAAUCAUUGCUGGAUGUGUGGGAGUUAUUGCUGAGGUUGACGAAGCUGCUCUUUUAAAACGUCAUCAUCAGGGAUGGCUGAUGAAAAUCACUAGAAGUCUGGAUGAUUGCAUUGCUCAAGUUAGAGAAGCCAAGAAGAACAAAAUGGCUCUUAGUUUGGGAUUUCAUGGGAAUGUGGUAGAUCUUUGGGAAAGACUGGUGGAUGAAUUCAAUACUACUGGAGAACUAUUAGUUGAUUUGGGAUCUGACCAAACAUCUUGUCACAAUCCAUAUAAUGGUGGAUAUUACCCAGUUCAGCUAAGCUUUAAGGAUGCCAACCAACUCAUGUCUAGUGAUCCCAUAAAAUUCCAGGCUCUUGUAAAAGAAAGUCUUAGAAGACAAGUAGCUGCCAUCAACAAGCUAUCUGAUCAAGGAAUGUUUUUCUGGGAUUAUGGCAAUGCUUUCCUUCUAGAAGCCCAGAGAGCUGGUGCUGAUGUUGCAAAAAGAGGAGGCAACAAAGGAGAAUUUCGGUACCCUUCUUAUGUUCAGCACAUUAUGGGAGAUAUUUUUUCUAUGGGAUUUGGCCCAUUUCGGUGGGUUUGUACCUCUGGUGACCCAGAAGACUUGACAACCACUGAUUUUAUAUCCACAACAGUGCUUGAGGAACUUAUUGACCAGGGAGCCAAUGCAUCUGUGAAACAGCAGUACUGUGAUAACAUACGCUGGAUUCAGGAAGCCAGAAGACAUAAUUUGGUUGUUGGGUCCCAAGCCAGAAUUCUGUAUUCUGAUCAAAAAGGCCGUGUAGCUAUUGCAGUGGCUAUUAACAAAGGCAUUGCUGAAGGAAGAAUUAAGGCACCAGUUGUUCUUAGUCGGGACCACCAUGAUGUGAGUGGGGCAGACAGUCCUUACCGAGAGACCUCAAAUAUCUAUGACGGUUCUGCAUUUUGUGCAGAUAUGGCUGUUCAGAAUUUUGUAGGAGAUGCAUUUAGAGGAGCAACCUGGGUUGCCUUACACAAUGGUGGUGGUGUUGGCUGGGGGGAAGUGAUCAAUGGAGGAUUUGGUCUUGUCCUGGAUGGCUCAACAAGUGCCGAAGAGCGUGCAAAGAUGAUGUUGAACUGGGAUGUUUCUAAUGGGGUUGCUAGACGUUGUUGGUCUGGUAACAACAACGCUUAUGAAACCAUCUGUCAAGCCAUGGACAAGGAGAAGAAUCUGAAAGUGACACUUCCACAUAAGGUGCUAGAUGACAGCAUCUUGGAACAAGCUCUGAGUUGUUAA